GAUUCUCCUGGAGAUUCUCCUGCACCUACAGGAGCUGAGAAUAGUGCUCUUACUAUGGAUACUCUAGCAGAUACAACUACUAAUAUAGGAGAGAUGGACAUUAGAAUUGCCGGUAAAUACAAGCUGGGGCGUAAAAUUGGAGGAGGAGGUUCUUUUGGUGAUAUAUACUUGGCUACUGAAGUGAAUACAGCGGAAGAAGUUGCAGUAAAAUUAGAACAUACACAAACAAAGCAUCCUCAACUUCAUAUUGAAUGCAAAUUCUACAAGGUGAUGCAAGGGGGAGUAGGAAUCCCUGUUGUGUACUACUACGGUACAGAGGGGGAGUACAAUGUUAUGGUUAUGGAACUACUCGGUCCCAGCUUAGAGGAUUUAUUUAACUUCUGUAACAGGAAACUGAGUUUAAAAACUGUAUUACUCCUGGCAGAUCAGCUGAUCAGCAGAAUAGAGUUUAUCCAUGGGAAGAACUUUAUCCACCGUGAUAUGAAGCCUGAUAAUUUUCUCAUGGGUCUGGGGAAAAAGGGAAACCUUGUGUAUGUGAUAGAUUUUGGACUUGCAAAAAAGUUUCGUGACCAGCGAACACAUCAGCAUAUUCCAUACAGAGAAAACAAAAACUUGACGGGGACUGCUCGAUAUACAAGUAUAAAUACUCAUCUAGGAAUAGAACAGUCUCGGAGAGAUGAUAUGGAAGCUCUGGGAUAUAUACUAAUUUACUUCCUACAGGGUACACUACCAUGGCAGGGACUCAGGGCCAAAACUAAAGCUCAGAAAUAUGAAAAGAUCAGUGAAAAGAAACUAUCUACCCCUGUAGAGGAACUGUGUGCAGGGGCACCAGGUAAACAAUUUGUAAAGAACAAGCAGGGGGUCAUUUGGUCCCACCCCCCUCCCGCCGUUCCUUAUAUAAAUACUUCUAGAACUAGAAAUAUGAUUUUUGUUUUGGGAGGAAGCAAGCACACCACAUGUGUCAAAUCCCCGCUCACCUUAGAUCCCCGCUUCAACCGGCAGUCAGUUACGAACACUCAUAUUCACAACUCCAUCUCUACCCUGGCUCCUCCAUGA